CCCUCUCGGACAGCAGAUGGCAGCAGACUUCAGUUUCUGCUCUUGUUAUUAACCUGUUCUCCUGUUAGCCUCCUGUUAGCCUCAGUUAGCUUCAAAUGUUUCCUGGGAUCAAAGCAGGGGACACAUGAAGCUAACCGAGGCUAACAGAGGCUAACUGAAGCUAACAGGAGUUGAAUCACUGUUUCCUGGAGCCUCUGACGGAGGAGACUCGGGUUUCUGCACAGAGACAGCCGGGGAUUCACUUUAUGAAGUUGUUGGUUUGACUCUAAAAGUUUGAAAGAUGCAGACUGUGAUACACGGAGCAGGGAUUUAUUAACCGGAGCUCCUGAUCCCCGGUCCGGAGCCUCCCGUUCCCCGGUCCGGAGCCUCCCGUUCCCAGGUCCGGAGCCUCCCGUUCCCCGGUCCGGAGCCUCCCGUUGCCCGGUCCGGAGCCUCCCGUUGCCCGGUCCGGAGCUCCCGUUCCUCGGUCCGGAGCCCCUGUUCUCUCCUGGAGCCCUAAACACACGGUCACUCACAGCAGUAGCAUGGAGUCCGGUCCUCAGUACUCAGAGGCAGGCAGCGUUUGGCAUGUGAUGCAGAGAGACGUUCCUCACAGAGACGUUCCUCACAGAGAAGCAGAGAGCUGCAGGCUGCUGGAGGUUUUCCUCUCAGGAGGAGCUCCAUGGGGCUUCACUCUCAGAGGAGGACUGGAGCAUCGAGAGCCUCUGAUCAUCACCAAGGUGGAGGAGGACAGCAAGGCGGCCGCUGUGAGUCUGCAGGUUGGAGACGAGCUGGUCAACAUUAACGAGAUUCCUCUGAGCGGCUUCAGACAGGAAGCCAUCUGCCUGGUGAAGGGGUCCCACCGGAGCCUGAGCCUGGUGGUGAAGAGGAGGAACCAGCCAAUCAGCCGGCCUCACUCCUGGCACUCCACCAAGUUCAACGAGAACCAAUCAGAGACUGCCAAACCUCAGGCUCCACCCACGCAGGUGUGGCACACCAUAAAUGAUGCCAGCUCCUCCUCAGAUCUGUCCUAUGGUUGGGAUCAGACCCCCCUGCUCAGAGUGUCCGAUCAGUUCAGUUCCCACGGUAGCAUGGACAGCUUAGACCAGGUCCCCCCCCCCUCUGGCCAGCUUUCCCCCCCAACCAGCAGCAUGGAGGAGCAUCUGGGGGGGAAGCGAGACUCGGCAUACAGCUCCUUCUCCACCAGCUCCGGGACGCCUGACUACACCCUUUACAGGAGCAACGCGGCCUCCACGGAGAACGUGGUUCAUCAGGUGAGUCAGUGGGAGGCGGGGGGGAGGAACCCCAGGACCCCCCCGAGCCUGAGGGAGGGCCACAGGCCGGAGGACAGGCUGGCCUACUUCCAGAUGCCGGGCCUCCUGUCUGCACAGACCGACGACCCGGCCCGGCACUCGACCUCCAGCAGAACCAGCUUAGGCCCGGUCUGGCAUGUCCCGGAGAAAAAGAAGACCUCCUCCCCCUCUCCCCCCCCCCGCCCCCCCCCGCCUGCUCGCAGCGACAGCUUUGCUGCCACUAAAGUUCAUGAGCGAGGCCUUAUACCCCCCUACCCUGAAGGUCCUGAACCACACAAGAUUUUCACUGAGAGCCGCCGCGCUCACAACCCGCCGUCAUCUGAAGCACCGAACCAGAACCAGAACGAGUGUAGCUCCAACAGGCAACCCGCCCAUCAGAGACACCACAGUGACAAGAGCACUUUCUACCCUCAGACCUGGACUGUCUCCGUCCCAAAGCCUCCUACCGCAGGGGGGUCUUACUGCAGCAUGCAGGACCUGCAGGACCUGAACACCAACAUUUCUGCACCCUGCGGUCAGAACCAGAGCAGGAUCCUCAGCUCCUCUGAACAGAUCUCUGACAGCAGCCGGUACUACUGUGUCACCACACAGAAUAAUCCCCCCCUGUCAGGAAGGAGCCUCAGCACAGACCCCCCAGCGGUCAGCCUGCAGACCACCAGCCCCCCAGUGAAGCCUCAGGCCCCCCAACACCCUCACAGCAAAGACAGUAAUGGAUACAACAUUAUCCAGGUGUCCACAGGGCUGGAAACCAAACCCAGCCCUGAGGACCGGGGGCUGCAGAGUUAUCCUGCGAGCAGACCCCCCGAACAGAGGAGGUCUCUGCCCCCACAGGACGUCAGACAUCAGGUCAGCAACAAGAUCUGCCCCGAGGACACCCCCAUGCUUCACUCCCUGUCCAUGGAUGCUGCCGGGCAAUGAGAAAUGAAAGUCCUGAACCCUGAGGAGGCCAUUGAAGACCAGCAGGCGCGGCGCAGCGACCGCUUUGCCACCACUCUGAGGAACCAGAUCCAGAUGAGGAGAGCCAAUCUGCAGAAGAGCACCAGCAGCCUUCCUGGUGCCGAGGCUGACGAGGAUCAGGAGGUCUGGAGGCCUGAAGGAGACCCUCCGUCCUCUGCAGACAGAUCCUUCACCAGCUCCUACAAGGACCACCUGAAGGAAGCACAAGCCAGGGUGCUCAAGGCCACAUCUUUCAGGAGGAGAGACCUGGUUUUACUAGAGGCCCCUGCAGCUGAGGCCUCACAGAACUACAGGAAGGAGGGUCCCCCUUUGCCCACAGUUUCUGAGUCUGUGAUGGGUAAAACACUCGGGGGUCCGGUGACCCGCAUCGGGGGCCGUAAGCGGUUUCCUGCAGAGAAGAAGGUCAGGUCUUUCUCUGAGCCGGACAAAAUCCACCAAGUUGGGGUGAAGGAAGAUCCUCCUCGCAAUGAAAGCUCCUCACUGGACCAAAAUAAGCUCCUCAGUGGGAAACCAGUUCUCCACAGUACCCCUCCAGAGAUCCCCUCUGAGACCAGGGCCCGAGGUCUCUGCUGGACCCCUGAACCAAAGGAGGACUCAGUGAGGGUCCUGAACCAGGGAGACCCUGCACAUCAGCCGGUCCUAGACCAGCACCUAGUCCCGGACCAGCAGCGACUUGGCACCUUUGCUGAGUACGAGGCCCAGUGGAACACACAGAAGAACGUCCAGGAAACCAGGUCCUCGGGUCGGUACCGAUCAGCAGAGAACAUCCUGGACCCGGAGGGGAGGAGGAACCCCACCUGCCUCCACGAGAGGUCCCGAUCCAGUCCUUCAGCCCAAAGGUCCGGACAGAGGGUUCAAGUUCCUGCUGAACAGUCGGAGACAGAAGACUCCCGGACCGAGAGCACAGCUGCUGCAGCAGGAGACUCAGCGAAGCCCCCCCCAGAGACUCAGCGAAGCCCCCCCCCCCCAGGAGGAAGACGAGGACAGACCCUCUGCAGGGACCAGGGUCCCCGUCAGGAUCCUGCAUUCAGGGGGGGGGCAGCGACACCUGUCCAUACCUGCAGCAACCUGACCCCCCCACUGUGGAAGCUCCUGGGGGUCUCGCUGGUCUGGGCUCUGCAGGCCAGGACUCACACUGCAGUGCAUUCAGCAGACACACUGACCCCCCCCCAAAGGGACCACCUGACCCCCACCCCAGAUCACAUGACCUCCAACAGUUUGCCACCAGCGGGCCUGCCCUGCAGAGAGGGGGAGACCUCUGGGUUUUUGGGAGAGACGAACUCUGGGGGUUCGGGGGGGGAGACUCCGGGUCUGUCUGAGGACCAGAGGAGGGAGGCGCUGGCCCGGGUCAUCGUGGAGAAAGAUAAAUCUCUGGCUGAGGUUCUGGACCGCAGCCACAUGAAGACCACCAUGGACCUGAUGGAGGGCAUCUUCCCUGGGGGGGGGGAGCUGCUGGAGGGAGGGAACCAGCGCAGGAAGGUCCCCCCCAAACAGCCUUCGGGCCCCCCUGCUGAGACCAGGGAGCAGGACAGCAUGCCAGCAUCCGUCUCCAUGGUAACCAGCUCGUCCUAUUACAGCACAUCUGCUCCUAAAGCCGAGCUCCUCAUCAUGAUGAAGGACAUGAGGGAGGAAGAGGAGGAAGAUGACGAAGAGGAAGAGCUGGACUCUGAGGAGGAGCUGGACAUCGACCUGGCCUUCAAGAAGCAGCAGCUGAUGCAGAGCCUCAGCAGGAAGCUGUCUGUACUGCAGGAGGCGCAGCAGAGCCUGCAGGAGGACGUGCAGGGCAACAACGCGCUGGGGGGGGCCGUGGAGGCUCAGGUGCAGCUGCUCUGCAAACCCAACCAGAUCGAAAAGUUCCGCAUGUUUGUGGGAGACCUGGACAAGGUGGUUAGUCUCCUGCUGUCUCUGUCGGGACGCCUGGCGAGGGUGGAGAACGCCAUCGACAGCCUGGAGGAGGAGGCGCCCCCCCAGGAGAGGCGCCUGCUGACAGACAAGAGGAAUGUUCUGAUCCGGCAGCACGAGGAUGCCAAGGAGCUGAAGGAGAACCUGGACCGGAGGGAGCGUCUGGUGUUUGACAUCCUGUCGCUGCACCUCCAUCAGGACCUCCUCACCGACUACCAGCACUUUGUGAAGAUGAAGUCAGCGCUCCUCAUCGAGCAGCGCAAGCUGGAGGACAAGAUCAAGCUGGGGGAGGAGCAGCUCCGGGGUCUGAAGGAGAGCCUGGAAAACCGGACCUCCUUCUGAAGGAGAGCCCGGAGAACCGGACCUCCUUCUGAAGGAGAGCCCGGAGAACCGGACCUCCUUCUGAAGGAGAGCCCGGAGAACCGGACCUCCUUCUGAAGGAGAGCCCGGAGAACCGGAUCUCCUUCUAAAAGGGAAGAGCCUGAGAGGAACUGUGAGGAGACUUGGGGUGUAGUAGCGGCUGGUGUCCAGCAGAGGGAAGCAGAGGACUCUUUAGACACCCUGAAGAACUCCUCCUGCAGCCCCUCCUCCUCCUCCUCUUCCUCUUGGGGAAAAGGAGCUCCAGACUUUGUGAACUCUUCAGAACAAACUCAACUCUGGGAUGAGUUUAAAGACUGUGGGAACAUUUCUGUAGCGUCCAUGUUGUUUCCAGCCGAGGCGUCCCUGAAUGCACCACCUGCAGUUUGCUUUGUUUCCACGUCUACGUUUUUUAGUAAUUUAUUGUAGCCUGUUGGAUCCGAGCAGGAGGGAAAGUGUCUCAUCUUCAUCACGCUGUGUCAAAAUGUUGUCAUGUUUCAGUCAUGUUAUUUCCACUCACUUUAUCCCCCCCCCCCCCAAAGCAGCUGCUAUCCCCCCCCCCCAAAGCAGCUGCUAUCCCCCCACCCCAAGCAGCUGCUAACAGGAGGUACAGAUGGUGGAUGUGAAAGCACUUGUUGGGCUUCAGUGAACAGAACAGAGCUCUUCACAUUCAGACCUCCAGACCCUCCAGACCUGGACUCAAGUAAAGUCCAUCUGAAGUGCCUGUCGGAUUGAUCAUAUAUUUCUGAUCAAGUGUUCUGUUGUGUUGCUCACGUUACGGAUGCUAAACAUGUCGUUACGAGAUACAUUUCAACACUAAAGAUGUUUUGGAUUUCAAUCCUCCCAUCUGUGUUUCCCAUGAUGCAUCACUGCUGCUGCUCCUUAUUUCAAAAUAAAAGCUUCUGCUGAAUCGUG